AUGGCUCUUGUUAAAUCAGCUGACCAGAGUCAAAACGCCUCUCAUCCUCCACACAGCUAUGACGUGUUCUUGAGUUUCAGAGGCGAAGACACUCGCAAGACUUUUACUGACCAUCUCUACACAGCCUUCGUAAACGCAGGCUUUCGCACAUUUAGAGAUGACGAUGAACUCGAAAGAGGAGAAGAUAUCAAGCCAGAACUGCAGAAAGCCAUCCAGCAAUCGCGAAGUUCUGUCAUUGUGUUAUCCAAAAACUACGCGUCCUCCCGAUGGUGCCUUGACGAACUUGUCAUGAUCCUCGAACGCAAAAGGACGUCAGAUCAUGUAGUUUUACCAGUCUUCUACGACGUAGACCCAUCUCAAGUGAGGAAGCCGACGGCAAGUCUUGCAACAGCUUUUGUGAAAAAUGGGUCCUUGAAGGUCAAGGUGGAGAAACGGAGGGCUGCACUUACUGAAGUUGCAGAUCUAGCCGGGAUGGUCUUGCAAAAUCAAGCUGAUUAG